UGAAACAAGGCUGAGAUCUGUUGACUCAACAGGCACAUGUGCACCCGUGGUGCUGAAGGAACAGCUCAGUGAGCCCCGUCGCAAUGAAACAGCCCGGUGCUUCCUCAUCAUCGUCAGUCCUCAAAGUUUGUGGCUCAUUUCAUUCGCUCUGACCAUGAAGAGACAAAACAUCAGGACCCUCGUGUUAAUCAUCUGCACUUUCACUUAUUUGCUCGUCGGAGCGGCUGUUUUUGACGCUUUAGAGUCCAAGAUGGAGAUCACCCAAAAGAAGAUCUUGGACGAUCGAAAGCGAGAGCUCAUGGACAAGUACAACUUGAGCAAAGUCAAUUUUGACGAGCUGGAGCGGGUCGUGCUGCAGCUGAAGCCGCAUAAGGCUGGAGUCCAGUGGAGGUUCGCUGGCUCCUUUUAUUUCGCCAUCACGGUUAUCACCACUAUAGGAUAUGGUCAUGCGGCUCCCAGCACAGAUGGUGGGAAGGUGUUCUGCAUGUUCUACGCUCUCCUGGGGAUCCCCCUCACGCUGGUGAUGUUCCAAAGUCUGGGUGAACGCAUCAACACCUUCGUCAAGUACCUGCUGCACCGUCUCAAAAAGUGUCUUGGCCUUCGGCACACCGAGGUCUCCAUGGCCAACAUGGUGUGCAUUGGCUUAAUAUCCUGCAUGAGCACGCUGUGUGUAGGAGCAGCAGCCUUCUCCCGCUAUGAGGACUGGAGCUUCUUUCAUGCGUACUAUUAUUGUUUCAUAACGCUCACCACCAUUGGUUUUGGGGACUACGUGGCCCUGCAGAAGGAUAAUGCGUUACAAAACAACCCCCAGUACGUAGCGUUUAGCUUCAUGUACAUCCUCACAGGCCUCACGGUCAUCGGCGCCUUCCUGAACCUGGUGGUUCUGCGUUUCAUGACUAUGAAUGCCGAGGACGAACGUCGUGACGCCGAACAGCGUACGUUGCUGUCCCGCAGCAGACAGACUGGCGGCGCCGGAACCAUGUCCGACCCGCCGUCCUCAUCUGGUGCGGCCCAUGGAGGAGGGUCCGGGAAAGGGUUGUGUAACGUCUACGCCGAAGUGCUGCAUUUCCAGUCCAUGUGCUCUUGUCUCUGGUACAAAAGCCAGGAGAAGAUGCGCUACUCAAUUCCCAUGAUUAUAUCUCACGAUCUGUCCACUUCGGACACAUACAUGGAGCACAGCGAGACCUCCGACGCCCUCCACUCUAACGGCUGCGUGUGCAGUGCCUUGCAGGAGCACUCCGCCACCAGUUCAGUGUACACGGGCCUGCUCAGCCCAGCACAUUACCAUAGACUCUCCAAACGCCGCAGCUCCAUCUAGAGGGCUGGAGGAUGUAUUGCAUGUGAUUCUCUUUCGCCUUACAAAACCAACCACUGUUAUACUUGGGGUUGAAAAACCGCUGCUUCUAAGCUGCUCGGAUCCUCUGUCAGUCGAAUAUAUGUAAUGUAGUGAUAGGCGGGGGAGGGCGGCCUGUCAGCAGGUGCUGCUUGAGGACCAGAGACAUAGAAGCGUGCAAUAAAAACAGGGUAAAGGCCUGUAUUUUUUGAAGUACACUUUGAGGUUCUUGAGAAAAGGCAAAACAUAAACUCCUAGCUCUUCAUUGAGCUCAAUGGUAAAUGGAAACAAAUGCUGGUCUUUCAAAACCAACAGGUCCCAAAGUGUCAGGAUUUUGAUUUGAAUAGACAGUUCUUGUGAUGCAGCCAUUUCGACAGUGAAUAUUAUCUUUGCAGGAGUUAUGAAAUAAUCAUACUAAUUAAAAUAAAAAUAAAAUAUAUACUUAAAAAAAAACAAUCAUUUUAAAUGAGAACUUGGCUAAUAAUGAGCAUAGACCUUAGUCAGGUUGGCACAAUAUUUAAUUUCUGACAGGAAUAGAGUGCUGCAGUGAUGGCAUGUUUGUAGGCCAACCCAGAAGUAAUAGGAUUUUUCCAUUGUCUUUUGGAUUAUUGCAGAAAAUAAGCUCUGUGACCAACAGUUCACAAUUCUUAAACGUUUGGUUCAUCAAGAUAACCUUCACAAAUGAACUCAGCUUUUUUGAAGUGUAAAUUCAAUCGUUAGAAGUAAAAUCUAAAUGUAGGCUAUAAUUGUACUACACCACAGUGGCAUGGCUUCAACAUCACCAACACAAAGCUUCCGACAACUCUUUCAGUCUCUCUUUAAAAAAUAUUUUACCUGAAAGUUUGAGUUAGAAUAGUUUGCAAUUACAAAACACAAUGAGUAGAUUUGCUUAUCUGUUUGGCGCAAUGAUAUUCAGUGCCCCCGACAACCUCUGUAGUCCCAUUUAGCCACUUUUUAGCAGAAGUAAAAGCUUUAAAAAAUGGUAUUACUCAAGUAAAUUAUGUCGUAGAAUUAAACGUGGAAAUAUAUUGUGCUUAUGUUCACCACAGACGUUAUUUCAGCAAAAACCCAUUGACUUCAAGAUGAUGUUACUAGAAGUGCUAAAAUGCUAACUUGUUUCCGAGAUUUAGCCUACAAAAAUGAGUCAUCUCUGCAGGACUCUAUGAAAACAAGGCUGUGAGGGAUAGAAGUACAGUGCGUUCAAUGGAUUGUAUUGUUGUUUACUGAAGAAAUGUCUUUCCAGAAGAAGAAAAAAAACCUCUCAGUUUGAAAAAUAGUUUGAAAGUUGUGAGAUAAGAGAAUAUGGCAUGACCUUUAUACAGUGCAUGACAUUGUAAAGGCCCGUUCACACCAAGAUCGAUAACUAUGUUAGCGUCCACAACAACGGACGAUAUUGUGCUGUUUAUUCUGCAGUUUUGUCAUCUGCUGCUUUGAAUGUUUGAGCUCUUUAAAGCAGGAUGGGUUCUGAUUGGCUGUCAAUGAUUUUAGCGUUCAUCAGCUGGGGAAAAAAAUCGUUUUGAAAGUGAUUCCAACGAUAUUGUUUCUCUGCGCCAUUAUCUUUAUAGUUGUGGUAUGAACUCUGCUAUUCUUUUAUAUUUAGAAUGAUUUUUAGAAUUAUAUUUUUAUUGUUAUAGUUAUCGUCUUUGGUGUGAACAGGCCUUAAUUAAAGACUGAAAGUUUAUCUCUCACUGCCUCCCUCUCUUCGUAAAAAUUCAAUAUGGCGUCUAACCUGACUAAGGUCUAUUCGCCUUUGUUUUCUUCCACACUCAAACUCACAUUCACAAUGAAUUGUACUGUUCAUCUAUCCAUGUGUUCUCUUUUUUCCUUUUUUAUAUCUGCUAUUAUUUUAAUGUAUCAACACGUUUAACGUGUCACCACAUUUGUCUGAAUAAUUAUUUGUUCGCAUUAUUGUAGCUAUUGUAACAUCUAUUUUUUUAAAUGUACUGGAUUAUAUAAUUACAUAGGAACAUAUUGUACUUGCAGUUGCACUUUAGAUGAAAUCUAUUAGUUCAGGUUUGUAUAGUCAGGAAUGCACAGAUUAUCUCUUAACAUGAAAUCCGAAUGGACCCUAUUUACUUACUUAAAACACAUUCCUGGUUCUAUUGUGCACAAUUCAACACGUUAUUCCAAAGAAGAAGAAAAAAUGUUUGUUUUUGCUGUAAUCUUUGAUUCAAAUUUAUUAACUUGGUCUGCUUCUGAAACAAUUUUUAAAAACCAAUCCAAGUCAAUUAUUAAAAAACGAAACCAAGCCGUGUGCCCAACAGCAGAACAGCCAUUUAGGCCUCGUUUUGGGCUACUGUUGUUGAUAAUGUCUUUAUAAAAUCUUUCAAUUUCUUAAUGCAGUUAAUUUGCUGACUAAAAUAAGCGCAAUAAAGGUUACGUCAGUAAUAUCAAAUAAUGAAUUGUUUGAACUUGACCUUCAGCCCCAGGCAUUUUAUAGCGUUCUGCUAUUGAAUGACCACUUUUACAAUCAAACCAAUUUUAGCGAAUCUUGGAAAAAUGUCACAUUAUGGAAGUAAUGGGUUGCAAACUGUUUCGUGUUGACUGUAACUGAAAAGCAAUAGUGUUUUUAAUAUAUUUUUGUUAAUACACAAUUUGUAACCUUGUAUAACUACAUCAGGUGUGAAGGUGUUGAUAUUUUAAGACUGACUAAAAUUGAUAUUGUUAGCAUCAAGUUUAAAUGCAAUUUUGUGUAUUUACAUACGUAAAACCGUAUAUUAGGAGGCACAAAUGGCAUUAAACUGCACUUUUAAAAUCCAAAAUACUAAAUGUAACAUCACUAGUUUUUAGAAACUGGAUAUUUAAUUGCAUUAAACUCUUAAGUGGAAACUUCAGUGCUUUGUACUAUUCUAACAUUGUAUGCUUUUGCAAUUUUAGAGCAAAUAAUCAAUAGGUCACAACUUUCUCUUUAAUAACCUUGAACUGUCAUCUCUGUUUUCUAAUCCAAACUCAUGUCCAGUUCAGGAUGUGAUUAAAAUUAAGAUUUAAAAAUACAAAGCGGAAUAAAAUGUGCAUAUAUAUCACAUGGGCCUGUCAUUUCUUCAUUUAUCUUACUUAGAAAUGUGCUUGUUGUUGCUACUUUUAGCACAUAGGAAAUAUAAUCGAAGCAAUAUGUCAUAAGAACGUGUUUAUUGUAUUAAUGUCUUAGUCUCACAUAGUUAUUUACCUACUAUAAUAUCAAUAAGCCAUAUUUUGGUGCUUGUCACGUCACGUUAAAUAAGAAAGAGUUUGACAUUGUUUGCUGGGUGCCUUAGAUCGCUAUUAAUGUUUGUUCCAUAAUGUACAAAUUGCACAUCGCAUGAUAGAAUUGAGUGUUAUACCCCCUCAAAAAUGGAAAAUUCUGCCUUGAUCCUGUUUGUUCUUUCUUACAUUGUAAAUCAAAGAGCACCUGCUAAUGUUACUCUACCUCAGAGGGUUGAGUCAGUGUGGGUUUUUCCCGUCUUCUUCAUCUCCCUUUUUCCUGCAAAGGGGAAAAAAUAGCUGCCUCUUUUCAGCAAAGUUGUCAGUUCCAAUCAUCUUCAUCCAAGCCUCUCUCUCUAUUUGGGAAUAAAGCUGCAUAAUAUGUCCACCUAGGGGCAAAGAAAGUAUUUGGCAAGUGGUUGGGCGGAGAGCACAAAUUAAAGCUGAGAAGUGUGUGUUUGUAUCCAUGUUGAGACAUUUCAGUUAAAUAAUCAUUCUUCCACAACUUUAUCCAUUGCUAUGUUUCUGCAGUUGAAGGAAAAGAGAAGACAUUUAGAUUUUCAGAAUAUAGAAAGAAGUGAAUUUGCUUCAUUGUAAAGAGUUGAAAGAAUCUUAUUAUUGGCCUUCUAUUCUCAAAAUAUUUCUUGCUGAAUUGAUUGUGUUUAAACAUUCAUUUGAAGUGGGCCUGUUAAAUGCUAUUCUUAAGGGAUGUAUUUUUAAAUUACCAUAAUUAUUGUAUUUUGCUAUCAUAAUAAACUGAUGUCCCAGCCGUCUGUUCAAUAAAUACAUGAUGUUAACUAUG